AUGAAGCUUGCAUCAAUUUGGGUAUCAAUUGCAACUUUGGUGGUUGCUACAGCGCAUGUUGACUCAGUGCAAGAGCAGCGAUUCGAAGAGGCUCAUCACGAGAAGAAACCAGCCAUUUUGGCGCGCCACUUGGCCGCUCAUGAACGUGAUGCGCACGUGAACACGGUGGAUCGGGAACGAGGCGUUCCCGUAUCGUUUGUCGAGUAUUUUGUGGGUUCGGACGCGUGUCCCGGUGUCGAAACCUCGCAGAAUGGGAACUUGAUUUUCUUGUUGUCGGAGAUGAGCUCGACGUUCAAGAACUGGAACACGAGUUCAAACGCAAGCGUGACACUUGAGGCCCAUCGGGGGCCAUGGCACGAUCCACAUCACCGGCCGGGCCAUCCACCAGGACCUCCGGGCCCGCCAGGUCCAAGAGGUGCCCUGUUGCGGCCGCGAGCCACGUAUUUUGGAGACCUCAAGCCAUUUGAAGGCUCCGACGCCCUCAAGGAAUGUUUUCUGAGAAAACAUCCAGACGCCGCGUGGUGGUUGCCGGGUGGUAAGCAUUCCAAGCUCAACGAUACACGUUGGCUGGAGUUUGAUGUGAGUGAGGUAUAUUUGAUCAGUCCAUUGCAACAAGAACCGUUUUUUGGCACCGUCCCCGGCGAUGAGUAUCACCACGCAGAGUCGGGCAUGCAAGAACCUGACUCUCACAAGGCCGAGAACCGUCGGCACAACCCGCACCAUGGCUGCGGUGAUGGUCCUGCUGGCCAGUCACGUGACCGCAGCCCAGGGUUCUCACCCAUCAAACUCUUGUGGAAUCUAUUCCAAAACUACUAG